AAAAAUAACCACCCCUCUCCCUCCGCCACCGUACAAAGGGGUGCCCGCGAGCUUGACCACACCCCCAGGUGGAGGUGAAGGGUCACGGGGCAUUGGCUAGGGGGACACACGAGGAUCGGAGUUUUAUUAAAUCAGAAGAUUCGGUGAAAAUGACAUCAAGAUCGCAGGAAAUCAUGAACGAUGGACGCUUCAGUCAGGUGAUGACUGACCCCAGGUUCUGGGAGAUGCCUGACAAGGAACGCAAGAUCAAGAUUGAUAAGAGAUUUCAGGGAAUGUUUCAUGACAAGAAGUUCAAACUGAAUUAUACAGUGGACAAGAGAGGAAGACCAAUCAACCACAGCACCACAGAGGACCUGAAGCGAUUUUAUGACCUGGACUCUGAGGACUCUGACCUGGGUGAAAGUGAAGACAUGAAGGAGAAAGGGAAAGGGAAGGUUAAGAAAAAACUGAAACAGAGAGGAAAAGGUGGUCCUGAGAAAGAUGCAAAAGGCAGCACGUUGGACAAAAAGAAGGGAAAACAGGGGACGUUUUUCAAAUCUGACGUGGACAGGGCAGCAAGGCAGGACCUGGGGAAAGAGCUGGAAACUGAAAAAUUGAUCGACGAUCGUGUUGAAGUGACUAUGAAGACACCGCUUAAACAGGAAAAGCUUAAAAGGACAGCUGGUGCGAAGUGUGUUGUUACAGACGAUGGUGCUGAAAGUGAUGAAGAGAUGAAGCAGAUAAGUGUAAAACAGGAGAAACCCCUGUCUAUCCAAAAGAAACAACUGAGGAAAAAUGUCAACACGAAUCAAGACAAGGGGAAAAAAUUAGAAGCGAGGAAUCAAGAAAGAAGUUUAACAAGUCGGAGUUCUUCAGAAAGUGAAAUUGAAUGUGAAAGCAGUGAUAGCGAUCGGGGUGAAGGCAGCUGCUUCGAGACAAGAUCUUCAGGGUCAGAUGGCCAGAGUCAGGAGGAGGAAGGUGAAGAAACCGGAGACAGUGAAGAUGACGAGGAAUUAUCUGAGGAAGACACUGACAGUGACAGUGGUCCUGACUUAGCCAGGGGUAAAGGGAAUGUUGAAACGAGCUCUGAUGAUGAUGACUAUUUUGAUGAUCUGUCUUCAAAGCUCCCAGGAAUUGAACACGAAUGGGGAGAACUAGCUAAGAAUGCUCCACGUGCAGACAAGGUCAGUCAACGAUUAGCGGUUUGCAACAUAGACUGGGAUAAAAUAAAGGCAAAUGAUCUGUUGGUAUUGUUCAAUUCAUUCAUCCCCCAAGGAGGUGCUGUCUUGUCUGUGAAGAUCUACCCCUCAGAAUUUGGAAAGCAAAAGAUGAAAGAAGAGGAAUUAUGUGGACCCGCAGAAUUGCUGGACCACCAUUUACCUGAAGAUGCAGAAGAAGACACUGAUGAACAAAGAAUUAUCAGGGAAAAAGUACGAGAGUACCAGUUCAAACGGCUGAAAUAUUACUAUGCAGUGGUGGACUGUGAUUCUUCUGAAACAGCAAAUAAGCUUUAUGAAGAAUGUGAUGGAAUGGAAUUUGAGAGUAGCUGUUCUUUUCUGGAUCUCAGGUUUAUCCCAGACGAACUAACAUUUGAAGAUGAGCCAAAGGAUGUUUCUACAGAUGUGGAUUUGGCAGCAUACAAACCAAAAUAUUUCACAUCAACAGCACUCAGCACAUCAAAGGCAGAACUGACAUGGGAUGAGACUGACCAUGAGCGGGUCACUACCUUGACAAAACGGUUUAAUAAGGACGAGAUUGAGGAAAUGGAUUUCAAAGCAUACCUGGCAUCUUCAAGUGAGGAAGAAGAUGAAGCAGACAUGGAGGAGGAAAAAGAGCCUGAGCAAGAUUGUGACAUUAAAAGUGUGGAAGAAAGUAAAGUGACAACUAAGACAAAGAAGGAUACUGAAGAACAGAUUUUAAAAUACAGAGAGCUAUUGAAAUCAAUCCAAGGAAAGGAAGAAAAAAAUAAAGACAUGGAGAUGGAGAUAACCUGGGUUCCAGGGCUGAAAGAAACAACAGAAGCAAUAGUAAAGAAAAAAAUGGAGAAAGAUAAUGUGCUGACUCCAUGGGAACAGUACUUGGAGAAGAGAAAAGAGAAGAGGCAACAGAAGAAAAAGAAAAAGAGCAAAACUGAAGAUCAGGAGGUUACAAUUUCUGAGAAACUGAGUGAUGAUGAGAUUCCAUCAGAUGUAGAUUUGAAUGAUUCUUUCUUCACGGAUGAACUGGGACAGUCAGCAUUUCACCAAAAGAAGAUGGGGAAGAAGAAUAAAAAGUUAAUGGAUAAACUGACACCAGAGGAGGAAGGCGACUUAGAAAAGGAAAAGGCAAAAAUGGCCUUGCUUAUGAUGGAUGAUGAAGAGGAAGACAGAAGACAUUUCAAUUAUGACAAAAUAGUGGAACAGCAGAAUCUCAGCAAGAAGAAAAAGAAGAAAUUAAUUAAAAAGCAGGCACUUCUAGAAGAAGACAAUUUCCAGGUGGAUGUUGCUGACCCAAGGUUUAAAGCCAUAUAUACUUCGCACCUCUUCAACCUAGACCCUUCAGAUCCCAGUUUUAAGAAGACUAAUGCCACACAGUCGAUCCUGGAAGAAAAGUCAAGGCGAAGGCAAGAGCAGCAGAAGCAAAUAGCAUUGAUCAAAAGGAAGGAAAGUGAUGUGAUUGGAGAAGACACAACAACAGCCAUCAAGAAACCCAUAGAUCCUGCACUUUCUUUGCUUGUAAAAUCGGUAAAAGCAAAAACUGAACAGUUUCAAGCUCGAAAGAAACAAAAAACUGUGUAAAAGAAUCUAUAUACAAAAACAAUCUGAUUUUUGCAAAUAUACUUAUGGAUUUUGAUCAAUAACAAUGUACAUAUAAAUCAUUGAAAAUAAGUUUACUAGAUUGUUAAGAUAGUUUUAAAUACUUAUCUCGAGUUCAAUGUACCUACAGGAAUAACGUCAUUGAUGUUGACCAAAAUUAAGCUUUUUUAUUAACCAGUAGUUGUGUUGAAUAAAUUCUUCUGACUACAGCUGAAAUUCGAAGCUUUAAA